GUCAUCAGACUUGCUUAAUAUUUUAGAUAUUCAGUGUUAAAUAAUGUGUAUAGCCAUCUAAAGUUGAGAACACAAAAAGAAUACAUUCAACAACAAAAAAAAAAAGAAUAAAAAAAUAGGCUCUAAGCCAGUAUUAAUCCGCGUGGGUACAUUCAAACUGUUAACGAAGAGGCUUUGCUAAGUGAAGGAACGCGAGACGGUGACUGUGUCCAAGUCUGUGUCACGUGUCCCAGUGUACUGUGUCCUGAUUAACCUUCUUUAUCUAUUUACAUAUAUCUCGCACAUGCGUACAGUUACAAAAUCAUGACGACUCGACUGAUGUAUUAAGAGAUCAGGGAAAAGCUUCAAUAAUGCAUCCUGCUUGUGAGCUCAGUUCUAUUCAUCAGAAUCUUGUUGAAGUGGACAGUUGUCCAGGGAGAGAUGAGGAUGGCAGAUCCCUGUCUUUGUCCCUGGCUCUGGCUUCUUCUGCUAAUGAGUUCUGCUUCCAAUGCAGAUCUCAGUACCUGUUCAUGCGCGAUGUUUGGCUCCUGUGAGUUCAGAAACGUUUCACGGUCCAGUCUCCUUAAUCAACAAAAUGUAGCAUUUGGAAAGACAGCAACAAUGAGUUCCUACUAUGUGAACACACGAACUAAGCAGGUCUCUGGUCCCGCCUGUCUCGCUGUCAAUGGCAACACAAACACCAACUUCAGGACUCUUAACAAGUUUCCAGACAGCCCCAACUGUAUUCACACUGGGAACAACGACCGGAACCCCAACUGGGAGGUCAACCUGGGUCAACGUUAUGCUAUUGUUAGCAUUACCAUCUACUGGAACAAUGCAUAUCUUGAACGCAGUAAAGGAGUCAAGGUGACAGUUGAUGGACAACUUUGUCAUGUCUUCCAGAACACAGCUUCUAACCCAUCAUCAUUUUCUUGUCGUACACCUCUGACUGGACAGACAGUCAGACUGUCAAAAACCGACUACACGUCAGAUUAUUAUCUCACUGUUUGCGAAGUUGAAGUGUGGGGUCUAAGCUGUGCAUGCUCUGCUUAUGGUGUUUGCGACUUCAGCAACCAAGAUCUCAAAUCCAUUUCCCCACGAAAAGUAAAUGUAGCACUGGGCAAGCCGGCAAAAAUGAGUUCUAUGUACACCGAUGAACCCCAUAACGAGGUCUCAGGUCCCGCUUGUCUCGCUGUCAAUGGCAACAGAAACACCGCCUUCAGACCUAUUAACCAAUUCCCAGACAGUCCCAACUGUAUACACACUGAGGCAGUUGACCGUGAACCUUACUGGGAGGUCGACCUGGGUCAGCCAUACACCAUUGCCAGCAUCGCCAUCUACUGGAGAGAUUCACAGCCUCAACGCAGUGAUGGAGUGAAGGUGAGCGUGGAUGGACAGUUUUGUCACAGAUUUCAACGUCCGGUUGCUAACCCCUCAAGAAUUACCUGUGGUACCCCGCUGACUGGGCAAACCUUUAGACUGUCCAAAGCCGAUCACGUGACGACAGGGGACUACUUUCUAACUGUUUGUGAAGUGGAAGUAAUAGUUUGUGGGCCUGGUUAUUUUGGAACUGACUGUGAGAGGGUCUGCCCACAAGUAUGCGAGAAAAACCAGACCUGCAGUCCUGUCGAUGGAACCUGCCCUCAGGCCAGAAAAUCUUUGCCUUCGACUGUUGAUAUCACAAGUUUGGCACCUUUGACACCUGACAUCCCAAGUUCGGCACCUUUGACUCAUGACGUCACAAGUUCGGCACCGUUGACUCGUGACGUCACAAGUUCGGCACCGUUGACUCAUGACGUCACAAGUUCGGCACCUUUGACUCAUGACGUUACAAGUUCGGCACCUUUGACUCAUGACGUCACAAGUUCAGCACCUUUGACUCAUGAUGUUACAAGUUCGGCACCUUUGACACAAGACGUCACAAGUUCGGCACCUUUGACACAUGACGUCACAAGAAUGGCUCUUAUAAUCGCAGGAUCUUUCUUGUGCGGCUGUGUUGUGACUGUAAUCUGUGCAGCUCUUGUUCUGUGGUUGAGGAGGGUUAAAGGUCGCCAGCGUGGAUGUGACUCAAGAUCACAAGGUGGUGACGUCAUCAUGACAAAGAUCAGGGAGAAUACCCGGGUUUCACCACCUGACGCUGCUGAAUGUUCAGGUUUUGCUCAGAGUGCAGCAGGAACUGGACAAGGCCCUGAUGAUGACAAAUCUGCAGACUACAUCAACGUCAGCAUGAGUCAGAGCCUGGAGGACGUCCUCCCAAAAAAGAAAGCAAAUGCUUACAAACCUUUUCCCACGCGCCGACACGUUGCCACCAUCCCCGAUUCGAGCUCGUCUGACAAUGAAGAAUACGAAGAGAUGAUGUAACCUGUUCAACUGAUUUUCUACAUCAGAAAUUUUGAAUCGGGUUGAUACCGGGGUAUCUUAAGGUAAAACCUUAAAUGACAAACGUGGAAAAAUGUUUCACAUGCAGUGAAAAAUAUGUACAUGUACGAAAAGAAGUCUAAACCAUGGAUCGUAGGGCAUCAGUAAAAUAAAUUAAUCUGUUUUACCAUCAGCCGAUAGUAACUCCGCCUUAAGGGUCGACACACAAACAUGGCUUCUUGUCUUGUAAGUCUCUUCACAGCCAUGCAAUUAGCAAUUAUUUUUACUAGUCAACGUCGACCUCUCCCUGUCAAAAAAAAAAACUUCCACAGAUAUGAAUAUAGGCAUCACACACAGUGGCAGGAUCGACCCCAAGCACAUCAAAUCCGGUGACAGAAGAAGACAUCAGGCGAGACAAAAAAAAAGAGGUCAAUGACCCCAAGUCAUUACCUGCCUGGAAGCUGCACAAUCCUUGUUUCACCAACUCUAGAUGCAUCUUUUCUCCAUAGUUAUCUUGUUACAGACUUACAGUCAAUGAACGUGUUGCUGCUAGACACUUGGUUUGUUGUUUCUCCAACGUCAAGCGGUUUGCUUGAAAUCGCAAGAUGAUUGGUCAUGACGUCACUAUCGCAAUCCACAUUCCCUAGCAAUCCUCACGUCUAUACAGUUCAUCUCAGAUUGUCGUAUUCAAGCUUCGAUUACUUCAAUCUGAACGUCCUCAUUGAUUAAAGUAACAUAUAAAGUAUAUGCGUGUCUAUUUUAUGUUCUACACUAAAAUAUAUUCAUUUAAAUGUAAACAGUUUUUUUAAAAUGACCUUUAAACAGUUUCUUUGGUUAUACCUACGUCAAUGAACGUGAUAAAAUUCUGCAUAAAAAUAUUGCCACUGAUAACAUCUCAGACUUUGUAUUCACCAAAUUUUUUUAUACUAUUUUAUACUAUUUUUUUAUACUAUUUGUGUUUUUCAAAACUUUGGCAAAAUCAGUUGAUGUUUAACUUUAUGUCUACAAAAUGUGACAAAGUCUGUAAAUGUGUUUGGUUUUGCCUGUAUAAGCCGUGCGCCUCAGAUCAACCUUCUGUCCAUACGACCGUUUUAAAAUUAAAGAAAUAAAAAGAACUUGACAAUUAGUUACAAACAAGUGUAUUGAAUGUUGCUAGAACGAAAAACUUUACAUUAAAGCACGAAUAAACAUGCGCGCACUAAAACACACACACACACACACUUUUCAUUUCUCAUUCAUUUAUAACGAUCG